CAGCAGCAGGUGAUUCAGCACCACCCUCUUUCAUACUUCAAUCUCUGGGGCUCCUGUCUCUUUUACUGAACCUCUUCUCUCCAGGACCCCCCCAAAAGUCCAGUAGCUGCAACCUAUGUGGAUUUCAAUCUUAACCUAAGAGGGCUGGUGUGGGAAUGGGAGAGAGUUGGAAUUUGAGGAUAGAAUCUUUCUAUUUCUUGUCCCCUUAUACUAGAAGGGACAUUUCUUUGUCUUUUCUUGUCCUCGUAUUUUUCUCCCCCUUAUUCACUUGCCCACCCCACCCCCCAUUUUCCACUCCUUCCUCUCCCUGUUCCCUAACCCCUUUCCCUGGCUAAUCUCCAGAGAAAGGAGACUUGGUUUCUCCUCUCUCUGUCGAGAGUCAGCUGAUGGUCUAUCUGCCUAUCUACCUCUAGUGACUGGACGCUCUCAAUAGUGGACUCCAGCUCUGCUCUACCCACUGGCCUGGUGUAUGGUGCCAGUGGACUGGUAUCCUUGCCACCUGUUAGUAACAAGGCUCCCAAUGGAAGAAUAAACAUGGUCUGGAACUAAACUGGAAAGAAUAGAGCUGAUAAUGAUGAUUACGAUGAUGUGGUGAGUGGCAGCGUUGGGGAGAAUUAAGAAGGGAGAAGAUAAAGGGAAGAAGAGGAGAGAGCCACAUAGACCAAAGUCUGUGUGGGUACAACAGUUCUAUUUUAAGGUUACUGUGGGAAAACAAAGGGUAUGAUCCUGUCUGGAUUGUUCUGACCCUCCCCUGUUUCUCUCCCCACCCCACUUGAAGCUCUGGGAUAGCCUUCAAGGAUAGGGUUGGAGAUUCCAACCCUACCUCUUACUCUACUCUUGUGGCUCUUGGUGGGGAGGAAAAACGUCUCCCUGCCAAUCGGAGACUCCCAGAAUAGCACAGCAAUUUGAUCUGGGGAUCUGGGAGAAUUGUUAAGGAUCAUGAGUGACCUCCCCUCUUCCCUGUGCCCAAGCUCCUUGAAUACCAGGAAUCAAAAGCUAAAACUCAACUAAUGGAGUUUGACCAGCAUUCAACACAGUCUGGGGGAGAGUGAAACGGGAAGCUGAAAGGCAACCAGGACCCCCUGGAUGCAAACUGCCAACCUAGAAUUGCCAAAGUACACUUCUCUAUUUCAAUGUUCUUCCCUCCCCUCUUCCUCUUCUUUUAAAACAUCCAUAGAGCUGCCCAGAAUGAGUGGAAAGUUUCAGGGUCAGGGAGAACCUCUUCCCUCCCCCACUUUCCAUUGUCUAAAAUCAGCCUCAGCUGUUGCUAGAUAUUUUUUUGCUGGUGAUGUCAGUUCAUCAAAGCGUCUCACCCUGUGUUCCCCCAGGAGAACAAUGAUGGGGUGGAGGGAGCUGGAAAGACCAUAUUAGGAACAAAAGGUGGAGCUAUGAGCACAGAUAAAGACUCAAGUCUGGGGACCUCCUGGUCACUCAGGCAGCAGCCCCUUCUUUCUUGCCCCAGUCUCCAGUUCUCCAGUGUUCACAGGUGAGCCUACCAACAGCCACUGCUCAUGAUGGAGGCCAUCAAGAAAAAGAUGCAGAUGCUGAAGUUAGACAAGGAGAAUGCUCUGGAUCGGGCAGAGCAAGCUGAAGCUGAGCAGAAGCAGGCAGAAGAAAGAAGUAAACAGCUGGAGGAUGAGCUGGCAGCCAUGCAGAAGAAGCUGAAAGGGACAGAGGAUGAGCUGGACAAGUAUUCUGAAGCUUUGAAGGAUGCCCAGGAGAAGCUGGAACUGGCAGAGAAGAAGGCUGCUGAUGCUGAGGCUGAGGUGGCCUCCUUGAACCGUAGGAUCCAGCUGGUUGAAGAAGAGCUGGACCGUGCUCAGGAGCGCCUGGCCACUGCCCUGCAAAAGCUGGAAGAAGCUGAAAAAGCUGCUGAUGAGAGUGAGAGAGGUAUGAAGGUUAUUGAAAACCGGGCCUUAAAAGAUGAAGAAAAGAUGGAACUCCAGGAAAUCCAACUCAAAGAAGCUAAGCACAUUGCAGAAGAGGCAGAUAGGAAGUAUGAAGAGGUGGCUCGUAAGUUGGUGAUCAUUGAAGGAGACUUGGAACGCACAGAGGAACGAGCUGAGCUGGCAGAGUCUAAGUGUUCUGAGCUGGAGGAGGAGCUGAAGAAUGUCACCAACAACCUCAAGUCUCUUGAGGCUCAGGCGGAGAAGUACUCUCAAAAAGAAGAUAAAUAUGAGGAAGAAAUCAAGAUUCUUACUGAUAAACUCAAGGAGGCAGAGACCCGUGCUGAGUUUGCUGAGAGAUCGGUAGCCAAGCUGGAAAAGACAAUUGAUGACUUGGAAGAGCGUCUCUACAGCCAACUUGAGCGAAACCGCCUGCUUUCUAAUGAGCUGAAGCUAACGCUGCAUGAUCUGUGUGACUGAUGGGCAGGGCUCAAUGAUGCCCAUUAAACUGAGCUUACUGCUCACACCACUGACCUGGACCCCAACAAAAAGCUGAUUGUCUUUUUAAAAGUUAUUAUUUUGCCCUGAGCAAAUUGCAUUUUAAUUGGGGCAGUUAGAAUGUUGAUUUCCUAACAGCAUUGUGAAGUUGACCAUUGUGAAGUUUCUGUCCCUUUAGAAGAGAUUAUGGGUGAAGAAGGGAGGGGCCUGAGAGAUUAUAGUGAGAAAACUUGCGAGAAUUUUGUUUUCCACCCUUAUUUGCUGCUCUUUCACUUGGGCACUGACUGUAGGAUAUGUUCCCUUGCAUGGAUGUUUUUAACAAUAAAAGGACUGACUUGACAAGUUGUUGUAACUGCUUCAUCGGCAGGCCCAGGGAUGGGUCCUUCUGACUGGGUGGAAAAAAGGGAAGUGAAAGAAAAGUUGUGGGAUAUGAAUAUGGGUCUGUGUUGCCAUCACCUUCUCUGAGUUGAAGAUUUGAGUAUUUUCCUCACCUCUUUAGAGCAGUCAGAGUGGUUUGCUUGCUAGACAGAUUAGAUUCUCCUUAAUGUUCAGCUGCUGAUUUUCUUUCUGACUUUUGCAUCCUUUUUCUGGUUUUAUGUUUAAUUUCAAGUAACUGUCACAAGCUAGUUCUGUUCAAUAGCUCUGCAGCAAUCUCAAGGUUUGCUUACAACUACUUGUUUCAGUAGUAUUCUUGGCUUUGUUUUCUUUAGAGAUUAUUUGACUUAACUGUGAGCGCCCUUUUAUUUAUCCCAUCAGUUAUUACUUUGGCCUCUACUUUUUCGAAAAAACAUGUAGUGCAUGAGGAUCUUCCUGUGCUCUUUAUAAUCUGAGAUUCUGAUGUUUCUAUUGUUUGCAAUGUUCAAACUCCAGUGAGCCAUUUCAAGAGGGUAUUGUUAUGUGGGCAAAACCUAGAAAAGUGGAUGGCUGAUGCUUAAGGCUUGCUCUUUCAUUGACUGAAAGCUGAAAGUGUUGGUUGGGUGUGGGAGGGAGAGGAAAUGGCUGAUAAGGGCCCUAACUCCCUCACCCAGGAAGUGCAGCAACACCUACAACUUCAGUAGGCAAGCCAAAGGCCCUACAAAACUGGGUGAUGUAAUAGCUCACUUCUGUGGCUGAGAAGGCAGCUGCUUCAUCAGUCUGCAGCUUCUCUGCAACAGGAGCAAGUCUCAAAGAGCGGGUAGACCUUGAAAUUUACUUCUAGUUCUUGUAACUUCUCUCCUUUACCCCCAUUAGAUAAACUGAAAUGCACCAAAGAGGAGCACCUCUGUACACAAAGGAUGCUGGACCAGACCCUGCUUGACCUGAAUGAGAUGUAGAACACCCCAGUCCCACCCUGCUGCUGCUCCUCCCUCUGACCCAGACUCCGCCUGAGGCCAGCCUGCGGGAAGCUGACCUUUAACUGAGGGCUGAUCUUUAACUGGAAGGCUGCUUUCUCCUUUCGCCACCCCCUCCUUCCCUGUGUCUUUUUCACCAAACUGUCUCUGCCUCUUCCCGGAGAAUCCAGCUGGGCUAGAGGCUGAGCACCUUUGGAAACAACAUUUAAGGGAAUGUGAGCACAAUGCAUAAUGUCUUUAAAAAGCAUGUUGUGAUGUACACAUUUUGUAAUUACCUUUUUUGUUGUUUUGUAGCAACCAUUUGUAAAACAUUCCAAAUAAUUCCACAGCCCUGAAGCAGCAAUCGAAUCCCUUUCUCACUUUUGGAAGGUGACUUUUCACCUUAAUGCAUAUUCCCCUCUCCAUAGAGGAGAGGAAAAGGUGUAGGCCUGCCUUACUGAGAGCCAAACAGAGCCCAGGGAGACUCCGCUGUGGGAAACCUCAUUGUUCUGUACAAAGUACUAGCUAAACCAGAAAGGUGAUUCCAGGAGGAGUUAGCCAAACAACAACAAAAACAAAAAAUGUGCUGUUCAAGUUUUCAGCUUUAAGAUAUCUUUGGAUAAUGUUAUUUCUAUUUUUUAUUUUUUUCAUUAGAAGUUACCAAAUUAAGAUGGUAAGACCUCUGAGACCAAAAUUUUGUCCCAUCUCUACCCCCUCCCAACUGCUUACAGAAUGGAUCAUGUCCCCCUUAUGUUGAGGUGACCACUUAAUUGCUUUCCUGCCUCCUUGAAAGAAAGAAAGAAAGAAGAUUGUGUUUUUGCCACUGAUUUAGCCAUGUGAAACUCAUCUCAUUACCCUUUUCUGGGUUUGAAGCUGCUGUCUCUAGAAGUGCCAUCUCAAUUGUGCUUUGUAUCAGUCAGUGCUGGAGAAAUCUUGAAUAGCUUAUGUACAAAACUUUUUAAAUUUUAUAUUAUUUUGAAACUUUGCUUCUUUGGGUUUGUGGCACCCUGGCCACCCCAUCUGGCUGUGACAGCCUCUGCAGUCCGUGGGCUGGCAGUUUGUUGAUCUUUUAAGUUUCUUUCCCUACCCAGUCCCCAUUUUCUGGUAAGGUUUCUAGGAGGUCUGUUAGGUGUACAUCCUGCAGCUUAUUGGCUUAAAAUGUACUCUCCUUUUAUGUGGUCUCUGGGGCCGAUUGGGAGAAAGAGAAAUCAAUAGUGCAACUGUUUUGAUACUGAAUAUUGUCAAGUGUCUUUUUGAAAUAAAGAACCAGUCCCUCCAA